GCAUUUUUGGGACAGACAUUUCGGCACUUCCAGUCGGGAGCGCGCGGGCCGGACGCGGAGGGACGCCGCUCCCCGGGACAACCCGGCAGCGAGGAAGGGGAGCCGGAGCCACCCCCGGCCUGGCUGAGAGGAAGAUGAAGGUCCUGCUGACGGUGGCAGUGCUGUUUGCCUGCUGUGUGUUCACAGCCCAUGGGAAGCUCCCGCACACGUAUGCACCGGGACUCGAGGGAAGCACUGUAGGAAAUCUGACCCAUGUUUGCUCCUCGGCUUCAAUGGACCGGUGCUGCCGGCUCCGUGCCUGCUGCUACGCCAGGCUGGCGGCACGGCGCUGCCGCGUGGGACCCAUCCAGCCCCCCAUGGCCCCCCAGGCGAGACUCCCCACCUGCAGAUCUGGGACGUGGUGCCAGAGAGCCGCCUGCAGAUGCGAGCGGGCAGCCCAGCUCUGCCGGCUGCGCAGCCGGUGGCUGCUCCGGCGCCGCGGCAAGUGCCGGGGACGAGCCGGGUGGUGUUGAAGCCAAAGGGCUCUUUGCAUUAAAACCACCUCUAGGCUGAUGAGCAAAGGGACGGCGCCAGCAGCGUACCCCAGCCCUGCUGGGUCUCCUCCUUGGGGCUUUCUGGCUUCGACACGAGGACAACCACCCUCUCGUGCAGUUGUGUCAAUGCACGCUGGAUCCGAGGAGGGGGAGCAGCUCGGAUGCAGUGUCUCAGCACAGAAAAACAAGGGAGGGGUGGCCACCUGCUCCUCAUCGCUGCGAAGGGCGAGAUGGAAGCCAAGCGCUCAUUUCCCCUUGGCUUGGCUCCUGUGCAGCCUCUCAGCUCCCUCUGCUUUUCGCUUCACUGCACAUUCUCUUCUGUUGCUCCCAAAUAAAACCAGAGAGCACAAAACUUCA